AACAAGAGAACCACCAUUUGAUAUUUUGUUUUGUACAUCAAAAACUUUACUUAUUUGGUGGUUUUCUCUUGAAGAUAGUUUUCCUAAAGUUGAUGAAUAUUUAAAUUCAGAUGAAGAUGAUUUUGUUGAAAUUACUGAAGUAGAUUUAAAUGAAAGUAAAGAAAAUACUAAUUUAAGUGAAGAAACAAAUUUAUUAUUAAAUAAUAUUUUAAAUGUAAAUAAAUUUAAAAAUGAAUUUGAAGAUGAUGAUUUUAGUAUAGAUGAAGAUUAUUAUACUGAGAAUAGAGAAAAAACUUCUUUAACAAAUCAACUACAAGAAGAUAUUGAUUGA